CUGUGACUGACACUCUGGGCCAGGCCCGGCUAGAGAGGGCGGGGACACCGGGCAGUGAGCGGAGACCGGGACACUCAGGCUAGUCCCGGGCUUCUCCUCUUCUUGCCGCAGCGCCGUCCAGGCCGCGGUAGAGUCGGGCGAGGCCUGGGAUUCGGGAGAGGCCUGCGCGGUGCGGCCUGCUGAAGAGACAUAUCCCCGGAGUACGAGGACUGGGCCGGCCCGCGGCCUUCAGGAGAGCCCGGGGAUCGGGCCUGCACGGGGGGGGCGACCCGGAUGACGAAAAACCGGCGGCGGGUGAAGGUCUACACUCUGAAUGAGGACCGCCAAUGGGAUGACCGGGGGACCGGCCAUGUCUCCUCCGGCUAUGUGGACCGGUUGAAGGGCAUGUCGCUGCUGGUGAGGGCCGAGAGCGACGGCUCUUUUUUUCUGGAAUCUAAAAUCAAUCCCAACACUGCUUACCAGAAACAACAGGACACGUUAAUCGUGUGGUCAGAGGCUGAAAACUAUGACCUGGCCCUGAGUUUUCAGGAGAAAGCUGGAUGUGAUGAGAUUUGGGAGAAAAUAUGUCAGGUUCAAGGGAAAGACCCUUCGGUGGACAUCACUCAGGACCUUGUGGACGAAUCGGAAGAGGAGCGCUUCGAGGACAUGUCCUCCCCAGGGCUGGAGUUACCAACCUGUGAACUUAGCCACCUAGAGGAGAUUGCGGAAGUCGUGGCAUCGUCGUUGCCGUCUCCGCUCCGUCGCGAGAAGCUGGCCCUGGCCCUAGAGAGUGAGGGCUACAUCAAAAAACUCCUGGAACUUUUCCACGUGUGUGAAGACCUGGAGAACAUUGAAGGAUUACACCACUUGUUUGAAAUAAUCAAGGGCAUCUUCCUUUUAAACCGAACUGCGCUCUUUGAGGUCAUGUUUUCAGAAGACUGCAUUAUGGACAUCAUCGGCUGCUUGGAGUUCGACCCCUCUUUGUCCGUGCAGCGCAAACACCGUGAGUUUCUGACACAAACUGCUAAGUUUAAAGAGGUGAUUCCCAUAUCAGACCCUGAACUGAAACAGAAAAUCCACCAGACAUACAGAGUGCAGUAUAUACAAGACGUGGUAUUGCCCACCCCUUCUGUCUUUGAAGAGAACAUGUUGUCCACUCUCCACUCUUUCAUAUUUUUUAACAAGGUGGAGAUAGUUGGGAUGUUACAGGAAGAUGAGAAAUUUCUUACAGAAUUAUUUGCGCACCUCACAGAUGAAGCGACAGAUGAUGAAAAGAGGCAGGAGCUGGUGAAUUUCCUGAAAGAGUUUUGUGCUUUUUCUCAAACAUUACAACCUCAGAACAGAGACACCUUCUUCAAGACCCUGUCCAACAUGGGCAUUCUGCCCGCCCUGGAAGUGAUUCUGGGUAUGGACGACUCACAGGUUCGAAGUGCAGCCACUGAUAUAUUCUCAUAUCUGGUGGAAUAUAACCCAUCCAUGGUCCGAGAGUUUGUAAUGCAGGAAUCUCAGCAAAAUGAUGAUGACAUUCUUCUGAUCAAUCUCAUCAUUGAACAUAUGAUCUGUGAUACAGAUCCUGAGCUGGGAGGCGCUGUACAGCUCACGGGGCUGUUGCGGACGUUAGUGGAUCCAGAUAACAUGCUUGCGACUACCAGUAAAACAGAGAAGACGGAAUUUUUGGGAUUCUUCUACAAGCACUGCAUGCAUGUCCUCACCGCCCCCUUACUGGCCAACACUACAGAGGAAAAGCCCAGCAAAGGUCAGAGAUCACCUCCGGGAGCACUGCGGGGUUUACUUCAGAUUAUUGCAGAGGCAAAGGAAGUCCUAGACUCCCCCUCGGUUCUGACCUGUCAUGUGACACAGCCGGGCUCAGAGAAACCUGAGGACUUCCCUCACUUCUACGGUAGCCACUGCGACAUUCUUCUGAUCAAUCUCAUCAUUGAACAUAUGAUCUGUGAUACAGAUCCUGAGCUGGGAGGCGCUGUACAGCUCACGGGGCUGUUGCGGACGUUAGUGGAUCCAGAUAACAUGCUUGCGACUACCAGUAAAACAGAGAAGACGGAAUUUUUGGGAUUCUUCUACAAGCACUGCAUGCAUGUCCUCACCGCCCCCUUACUGGCCAACACUACAGAGGAAAAGCCCAGCAAAGAUGACUUCCAGACGGCACAGCUGCUGGCGCUGAUCUUGGAGCUGCUGACAUUCUGUGUUGAACAUCACACGUAUCACAUAAAGAAUUACAUCAUCAACAAGGACAUCCUGCGCAGAGUGCUGGUCCUCAUGUCUUCUGCACAUUCUUUCCUGGCCCUGUGUGCGCUACGGUUCAUGCGGAAGAUUGUUGGUCUGAAGGAUGAAUUCUACAACCGAUACAUAGUGAAAAGUUUCUUGUUUGAACCUGUAGUGAAAGCCUUUCUCAAUAACGGAUCGCGGUAUAACCUCCUAAACUCCGCCAUCAUUGAGAUCUUUGAAUAUGUGCGCGUGGAGGACAUUAAGUCACUAACCGCUCAUGCCAUUGAAAAUUACUGGAAAGCUUUGGAAGAUGUGGAUUAUGUUCAGACAUUUAAAGGACUCAAACUGAGAUAUGACCAGCAGCGCGAGAGGCAGGACAACCCCAAGCUUGACAGCAUGCGAUCUAUCCUCAGGAAUCAUCGGUACCGGCGGGAUGCACGCUCGUUAGAGGACGAGGAAGAAAUGUGGUUCAACACGGACGAUGACGACCUGGAGGAUGGAGAUCCGGUGGUGCUUCCUUCUGACAAAAUUAAGAACAGCGAGGAUCUGAUGGAUCCUAUCACCAAGUUCAUGGAAAGAAAGAAGUUGAAGGAGAGUGAAGAGAAGGAGGUUCUUCUGAAGACCAGCCUCAGCGGCCGACAGAGUCCGGGUUUCAAACUCUCCUUUUCUGGGGGGACAAAGACGACCCUCACCAGCCAAUCAACAGCAAGCAGCUUACCGGGAUCCCCCACCUCGCCUGGGUCUCCCGGCUCACCCGGUUCUCCUGGGUCCGUUUCCAAAAGCACACCUCAGACGGCAGCUAUUACUACAAAGCACAUAGCGAGCAGCAUGCUGCAAGCGCAGAACCGCGUUGAGGCCGGGAAGGAUCCCAAAAAUAUUGUCAAGAUUGACAUGGCUGCCUGA